ACACAUUUUUAUCUUGCUUGACAAGCUAGGCAAAUUUUUUCCCUCAAAGCUAGCUGGUCAACACCAAAUUGCAGCCAGAUAUAGCUAGCUACAUGUGAUUCUGUAAUUUCAAUCUAUCUAAGUAAUGUUGAUGGUUUGCUAGCCAGCAAGUUUAUCUGUGGGCACAUUUGGAAUACAAUGCCAUCUUCGAUGGAAGGAUCUUCUAGAGAAGGUGAACUGUUUACUGUGAAACAUGAGCUGAAAAAUGCCAACCUGACCGGCCACGUAGAGAGGGUGGGAAUCGAGAACUUUGAGCUGCUAAAGGUGCUGGGAACUGGAGCCUAUGGCAAGGUGUUCCUGGUGCGCAAAGUGAGCGGUCACGAUGCAGGGCAACUAUACGCCAUGAAGGUGUUGAAGAAGGCCACAAUAGUACAGAAGGCCAAGACAGCAGAACACACACGCACAGAGAGACAGGUUCUGGAGCACAUCAGACAAUCACCGUUCCUCGUCACCCUCCACUACGCCUUCCAGACAGACACCAAGCUGCACCUCAUACUAGAUUAUGUGAACGGUGGGGAGCUCUUCACACACCUGGUGCAGAGGGUUCGGUUCAAAGAGCAGGAGGUAUCUCUGUACAGUGGAGAGAUAGUCCUGGCGCUGGAGCACCUACACACGCUGGGGAUAGUCUACAGAGACCUGAAGCUGGAGAACAUCCUCAUGGACUCCAGCGGGCACAUAGUGCUCACAGACUUUGGCCUCAGCAAAGAGUUUGAUGAGUUGGAGAGAGCUUACUCUGUCUGUGGCACCAUUGAGUACAUGGCCCCAGAGAUCGCAGAGGGAGGAGCGGCUGGCCAUGACAUGGCUGUAGACUGGUGGAGCCUUGGAGUAUUAAUGUAUGAACUUAUGACAGGCGGAUCACCAUUCACUGUCGAUGGAGACCAGAACUCUCACACAGAUAUCGCCAAGAGGAUCUCGAAGAAGGACCCUCCGUUCCCCAAAGACAUGGGCCCUCUGGCCAAAGACCUCAUCCAGCGCCUCCUCAUUAAAGACCCAAAGAAGAGACUGGGCUCUGGGCCUGACGGAGCUGACAACGUUAAGAAACAUCCAUUCUACCAGAAGAUUAACUGGGAGGACCUGGCCGCUAAGCGGGUGCUCGCCCCGUUCAAGCCGGUGAUCAGGGAUGAGCUGGAUGUCAGCAACUUUUCGGAGGAGUUCACCGAGAUGGACCCCACCUAUUCCCCUGCAGCUAUGCCUCAGAACUGUGACCGCAUCUUUCAGGGCUACUCGUUCAUGGCCCCCUCCAUCUUGUUCAAGAGAAAUGCUGUGAUGGACGACACGCUGCAGCUGUGUGGAGGAUCAGGGUCAGAGAGACCAGGGUCUGCUGCUGUGGCCCGCAGCGCCAUGAUUAAGGACUCUCUGUUUUAUAUGAACUAUGAAAUGGACCUGAAGGACAAUGCCCUGGGUGAAGGAGGCUUCUCUAUCUGUAGGCAGUGCACCCACAAGAAGACUGGACAGAUGUAUGCUGUCAAGAUCAUCAGCAAGAGGAUGAAGGCUCAGACACAGAAAGAGAUUGCAGCUCUGAAGCUCUGCGACGGCCACCCCAACAUCGUCAAGACUCAGGAGAUUUACCAUGACCAGCUGCAUACAUACCUGGUGUUGGAGCUGCUGCGUGGUGGGGAGCUGCUGGAGAGGAUCCGGAGGAAGCAGCACUUCAGUGAGACAGAGGCCAGCCGCAUCAUGAGGAGACUGGUGUCAGCCGUCAGCCAUAUGCACGAUGUAGGAGUGGUACACAGAGACCUCAAACCAGAGAACCUGCUGUUCACAGAUGAGAGUGAGAACUCGGAGAUAAAGAUCAUAGACUUUGGUUUUGCCCGGCUGAAGCCUCCAGACAACCAGCUGCUGAAGACGCCGUGUUUCACCCUGGCCUACGCCGCGCCAGAGAUCCUCAAAUACGACGGCUAUGAUGAGUCAUGUGACCUCUGGAGCCUGGGGGUCAUCCUGUACACCAUGCUGUCGGGCCAAGUGCCGUUCCAGUGCCAGGGGAAGAGUAUGGCCCGCACCAGCGCUGAAGAGAUCAUGAAGAAGAUUAAACAGGGAGACUUCUCCUUCGAGGGAAAGGCCUGGCGGAGUGUCUCACAGCAAGCCAAGGACCUCAUACAAGAGCUGCUGACAGUGGACCCUGACAAGCGGAUCAAGAUGUGUGGUCUGAGGUCCAACGCCUGGCUCCAAGACGACAGCCAGCUCUCCUCCAACUCUCUGAUGACGCCUAACAUCCUGGGCUCCUCCACAACCGUGUCAGUACACACCUACGUCAAGGCUACCUUCAAUGCGUUCAACAAGUGUAAGCGGGAGGGUUUCCGUCUGCAGACGGUGGACAAGGCCCCGCUGGCCAAGAGGAGGAAGAUGAAGAAGUCCAGCACCAGCACAGAGACCAGGAGCAGCUCCGGAGAGAGCACCCGCUCCUCCUCCUCCUCCUCCACCCUGUCCCACCAGGACACCCGCUCCUCCUCCUCCUCUUCCCAGUCUCACCAGGACACCCACUCCUCCUCCUCCACCCUCUCUCACCACGACACCCACUCCUCCUUCUCCUUCUCCCAGUCUCACCAGGACACCCACUCCUCCUUCUCCACCCUGUCCCACCAGGACACCCACUCCUCCUCCUCCACCCUCUCUCACCACGACACCCACUCCUCCUUCUCCUUCUCCCAGACACCCACUCCUCCUCCUCCACCCUGA